AUGAUCAACAGCAGUCAAUUCACCCCAAAAUAUUUUUUGUUCAUUGGUUUCCCUGAUCUAGAGGCCCUAUACCCCUGGUUCAUCUUCCCAUUCUAUUCCACAUAUCUUGUGGCCCUUGUGGGAAACAGCCUGAUCUUGACAGUGGUCAAGAAAAAUAUCUCUCUCCACCAGCCAGUGUACCUCUUCCUAGCUAUGUUAACCUUUGCUGAGUUUGGUGUCUCUGCCUCAACACUGCCCACUGUGUUGGGCAUCUUCUUUUUUGGUGCCAAUGAGAUCUGCUUUGAAGCCUGCCUUCUGCAGAUGUUUUUCAUACAUUCCUUUUCUAUCAUAGAGUCAGGAGUUCUACUGGCUUUGUCUGUGGAGCACUUUGUGGCCAUCUACAACCCACUGCGGUAUACAACUAUCUUGACCUUGCCGCGUAUUGCUGGUACUGGUGCUGCCCUUGGACUAAAGAGUGUGAUGCUCAUGUUCCCACUGCCCUUUCUCCUGAAGCAUCUGCCCUUCUGUGGCCACAACACCCUCUCCCACUCUUAUUGUCUGCACUCAGAUCUGAUCCAGCUGCCCUGUGGGGACACUCGUCCCAACAGCAUUCUUGGGCUCUGUAUCAUCACUUCCACUUUUGGGCUGGACUCACUGUUCAUUGUGGACUCUUAUUUGUUGAUCCUCUACACAGUGCUGGCCAUUGCCUCUGGGGAAGGGUGGCAGAAAGCCCUCAACACAUGUGUGUCACACAUCUGUGCAGUGUUUGUGUAUUAUGUGCCUACAAUCAGUGUGGCUCUGGUGCACCGUUUCAUGAAGCACGCUGCACCUGCUGUCCACCUACUCCUGGACAAUGUCUAUCUUCUGGUGCCAUCUGUACUCAAUCCCGUUAUAUACAGUGUUAAGACCAAGCAGAUUUGA